AUGGCGACUUUCCUCGAGAAUGCGUACAGUAUGGUGCACCAGGACAAUGCGGCCGACGUACCCUCCGAGAAUGAGCUGAAGACAGCUCUGGAGAAGGGCAGCGAUGAGCAGAAGAUUGAGACCAUGAAGAAGAUCCUGGCCAUCAUGCUCAACGGCGAUGCAAAGUCAGGGCUUCUCAUGCACAUAAUACGAUUCGUCAUGCCCAGCAAGUCGAAGCCGCUCAAGAAGCUCAUGUACUUCUUCUUCGAGGUUUGUCCGAAGCACGACGCCCAGGGCAAGCUGCGCCAGGAAUGGAUUUUGGUCUGUAACGCCAUUCGGUUCGAUCUGCAGGCACCAAACGAAUAUGUCCGAGGAAACACAUUGCGCUUUGUCACGAAGCUGCGAGAUGCAGAACUUGUAGAGCCACUGCUGCAGCCUGUUCGCCAGUGUCUCACCCACCGCCACGCAUACGUCCGCAAGAACGCUACCUUUGCCAUCGCCUCCAUCUUCACCCACCUUCCCGAGCUCAUGCCCGAUGCGCCCGAUCUUCUGACCACGUUCCUCGACGACGAGAACGACCCAACCUGCAAGCGCAACGCGUUCGCCGCCCUUACAUCCAUCAGCCACGAGAAGGCGCUCGAAUACCUAAGCACCGUCUUUGACGCGAUUCCGAAUCACGAGGAGCUUCUACUACUUGCUGAGCUUGAGUUCAUCCGCCGCGAUGCCGCCGUCAACCCCGGCAACAAGGCCAAAUACUUGCGCCUCAUCUUCGAUCUGCUCGAGUCACAGGUAUCGACCGUUAUCUACGAAGCCGCACAUGCCCUGACUACUCUCACAAGCAACCCUGUGGCUGUGAAGGCUGCCGCAGGGAAAUUCGUAGAGCUUGCUGUCAAGGAGCCCGACAAUAACGUCAAGCUCAUCGUUCUGGAGCGGGUGAACCAGUUGAGAGACAAGAACGAGGGCGUUCUCGACGAUCUGACCAUGGAAAUUCUUCGUGUUCUGUCGAGCACCGAUCUCGACGUGCGCAAGAAGGCUCUGCACAUUGCUAUGGAGAUGAUCUCCAGCCGAAAUGUAGAAGAGGUGGUGCUUCUCUUGAAGAAAGAGCUAAUGAAGACCGUUGAUGAGCAGUAUGACAAGAACUCCGAGUACAGGUCUAUCCUCAUCUCCGCCAUCCACCAAGCUGCCAUCAAGUUCCCAGAGGUCGCCGCAAGCGUUGUCGGCUCGCUCAUGGACUUUAUUUCUGAUGUCAGCAGUAACGCGUCAGCUGUCGAUGUGAUCUCCUUCGUCAAGGAGGUUGUCGAGCGCUUCCCCGAUCUCCGCCCAUCCAUAAUCGAGCGCCUUGUUUCAACUCUUGGUGAGGUUCGCGCUGGCAAGGUCUACCGCGGUGUCCUGUGGAUCAUUGGCGAGUACGCACUUGAGAUCAAGGACAUUCAGGAUGCUUGGAAGGGCAUCCGUUCAUCGUUAGGUGAGAUUCCUAUUCUUGCCUCUGAACAAAGACUGUUGGACGAUGCAUCAGAGGGCAAGGAGGGCGAUGACCAAGUCAAUGGACACACCAAGACUGCCGCUCCCACAGGGUCGCGAAAGGUCCUGGCUGAUGGAACAUACGCGACCGAAAGUGCUCUUACGUCUUCGGCCGCAGCCAAGGCAAAGCUGGACGCUGUCAAGAACUCGCAAAAACCCCCUCUGCGUCAGCUUGUACUCGAUGGAGACUACUAUCUCGCCACCGUUCUCUCCAGUACACUCACCAAGCUCGUCAUGCGAUACUCGGAACUUUCACAGAACGCUGCGCGGACAAAUGCUCUGCGUGCUGAGGCUAUGCUCAUCAUGAUCUCUGUCAUCCGUGUUGGACAAUCGCAGUUCGUUAAGACCCUUAUUGACGAGGACUCUGUCGACCGCAUCAUGUCUUGUGUUCGCUCUCUAUCAGAGUUUUCGCAAAAGAAGGAGCUCGAGACUGUCUUUUUGGAAGACACACGGAAGUCUUUCGCGACCAUGGUCCAGACAGAGGAGAAGAAGCGUGCAGCAAAGGAAGCUUCAGAGAGGAUGAAGUCGGCUGUCAAUGUUGACGACUCUUUCAGCAUUCGUCAGCUCAAGAAGAAGGAUGCUGAUGGCAGCGAUGAGAUUGAGCAGGACCUGGAGAGGGCCACAGGAGGCGACACCGCGACUGAAGAUCUCUCGUCGAAACUCAGCCGCGUGGUCCAGCUCACAGGUUUCUCCGAUCCCGUCUACGCCGAGGCCUACGUCAAGGUCCACCAGUUCGACAUUGUGCUCGAUGUUCUUCUCGUCAACCAGACCACUGAGACACUACAGAACCUCACAGUCGAGUUUGCAACACUUGGCGAUCUCAAGGUUGUCGAGCGCCCGCCAACACAGAACGUCGGCCCGCAUGACUUCAUCAAUCUGCAGUCUACCAUCAAGGUCUCUUCGACUGACACAGGUGUUAUCUUCGGAAACGUUCUGUACGAAGGCGAGAAGGGUAUAGACUCUAAUGUUGUCAUUUUGAACGACGUUCACGUUGAUAUUAUGGACUAUAUCAAGCCUGCGCAGUGCACAGAGACGCAGUUCCGCACCAUGUGGACGGAAUUCGAAUGGGAGAAUAAGGUCAACAUCAACUCCAAGGCCAAGUCGUUGCGCGAAUUCCUCAAACAGCUGAUGGCUUGUACCAACAUGAGCUGUCUGACACCAGAAGCAUCGAUGAAGGGCGACUGUCAAUUCUUGUCCGCGAACUUGUACGCCAGAAGCGUCUUCGCAGGUGAGGAUGCAUUGGCCAACUUGAGUAUUGAGCAGGAGGGCAACAAUGGCCCAAUCACUGGGUUUGUCCGUAUUCGCAGUCGAUCGCAAGGGUUAGCGCUGAGCUUGGGAUCGCUGAAGGGUUUGAAUAAGGUUGGUGUUGCAUGA